AUGGAAAUAUCAAAUAUUCAAUUUUUAUCAAAAUCAGAUUCGAAUGAUGAAGAAACUGUGGAUGAAGAAUCCAAGGAAGUUAUUGAAAAACGUCGAGAUAACUUGGUUAACAAGCUUAAGUCAUGUUGCUCAUGUAAAAAGAAAUGUAGUAAAAAAAUUUCGUCAGAUCUGUUACAAUCUUUAGCAUUAGAAAGUAUUAAGAUGAGCAAAGAGCAACGACAUGCUUUCUAUCGUCUUCGUGGAUGGGUUCAAGAAAAAAAAUCUAUGCUUCCCCCACUUCAUGGAAAUGCUGGCCGUUCACCUGUCAUUAAAUUACGUGUUGAAACAGUUAAUAAAAUAAAAUCGUUUAUUAGAUUAACUGGUAAUCAACACGAGUUAAGUAAGAUUGUUAUUAGAAAACCAUCUAAAGAUGUAUGCGAUGAAUGUACCUUGUUUAAACGUGCAUUAAAAGAAAGCAGUAAUGUAAAUGAAAACCUUGAUGACCAAUUUGCCACGCAUAUAUAUGAUUAUCGUGCUAUGAGGGAAGCAUAUAAAAAUGAUAUUCAAAUGGCAAAAGAGUCUAAUCGAUCUGCAUUUCGUGUUUUGUCUUUUGACUUCGCUCAAAACGUUGAGAUACCUCAUGACCCUCAACAACCAGGAAGGUGGUAUUAUUCGUCAUUGUUAAAAGUGCACCAAUUUGGAUUAGUGGAAGAAGGUAUUGACCGUCAUUGGCAUUUUCUUUAUACAGAAGCAAAAGCAGCAAAAGGGGCCAACGAAGUUACAUCUAUGGUGCAUCUAUUUUUAACUUCUGUUGUGGUUCAAAAAAUCGAAUAUCGCUUCCAGAUCAAAGGGCAUACUCGAAAUUCUGUUGACCGAGGAUUUGGUAAUACUAAAAGAGAGUACGCCAGAUCAGAGAUCAAAACUACUGAUCCAUGGGAUGAAUUCCAAUUAUUAAAACCGAAUGCCAAUGCUAGAAGUCUAAAUCCUCAAGAACUUGCGCCAAAAAGUCUUUCUGAAGAAAAACAAGUUGACCUUUGGAACAAUAUUCGUCCAUAUUGUCCUAUUGUUUUCCGUGACAAAUUUUGCUCAAAACCAAGCAAUGACUUAAUUGAAAGG